UUGUUAACGAAACUGUCCAGUAUAGCCAUGUCCCGUAUUAGUGAUCGAUUUGUUGAUCGAUUACAGUAUUUAUGAUAGCGUGUGAAGCAUGCGCUGAAGUUAUAUAGUUCUUAAACGUUUUUUACAACAAGUUGCGCCCUUGAAUCCGAGUCUCCUGAAUCGGCUCUGACACCAUGCUAGCCACAGUGACUGCUGUGGUUAGGUUUGCUCAGUACAAUGGCAGUAUUUCACCCACACCAUUGGAGAACACAUCAGCAUUCCCAACUUGGAAACCUGACUCUGGAGCCAACAUCACCAAGCCUCACAAAUGUCUGCAAGUUCUGUAUGAGGACGUUGGAGACUCCAGGGUGCGGUUCUGGGACAUUUUAUUGCUAGUGCCAAAUGUGGCCUUCUUUGUAUUCCUGAUGUGGAAGCUGCCCUCGGCCAGGGCAAAGAUUCGACUCACCUCUAGCCCCAUCUUUGUUACCUUUUACUUGCUGGUUUUUGUUGUAGCAGCAGUUGGAAUCACCCGGGCAAUAGUGUCCAUGACCGUCAGUGCAUCCAGUGCUGCCACCGUCAUAGACAAAGUGCUGUGGGAGAUCACCCGUUUCUUCUUGCUGGCCAUCGAGCUCAGUGUUAUCAUCUUGGGACUGGCUUUCGGUCACCUGGAGAGCAAGUCCAGCAUUAAGCGAGUGCUGGCUAUCACUGCUGUGCUGGCUCUGGCCUACUCCAUCACACAGGGCACACUAGAGAUCCUUUAUCCAGACAGUCACCUCUCCGCAGAGGACUUCAACAUUUACGGGCACGGAGGGCGGCACUUCUGGUUGGCCAGUUCCUGCUUCUUCUUCCUGGUGUACUCUUUGAUUGUGAUCUUGCCUAAAACUCCAUUGAGGGAGAGGAUAUCUCUGCCCUCUAAGAGGAGUUUCUAUGUGUAUGCUGCCAUCCUGUCUUUACUGAACCUCGUCCAGGGUCUGGGCAGCUCUCUGCUAUGUGCUGGAAUCAUAGAGGGACUCUGCUGUGUGGAUGUCACCACCUUCUUGUAUUUCUCUGCAUUUGCGCCGCUCAUCUAUGUCACAUUCCUCAAAGGCUUCUUUGGUUCAGAGCCCAAGAUCCUGUUCUCCUACAAGUCACAGGUGGAUGAGCCAGACGAAAGUGACGUCCACCUUCCCCCUACUGUCGCUACAACUCUUGGCCGUAAGGAGCCGACUGACCAGGGCCUGUUCUACUCAUCCACCCAAAUUGAUGGCUCUGGUCCCGGCAGCUCUCGUAUGGUCGGAGCCUACCUAGAUGAUGUUGCCUCUGGACCCUAUGGGUCCAGCAGCAUUAACAGCAUUGAAGCUGACCGCUGGAGACCUGUCAAUGCGUAAAAAAAAGAUGCAGAGGAGAAUGGAGGGAGAGAGAUGGUUACCCAGCUGGACUUAAACGUUGUGCAUGUGUAGUGUGUUAGGCAGGAUGGUGACCAGAGGAGUUUGGCCAAAAAAAAAAUGCAGAGCCAAGUAGUUGGACAUCAAGGAUGGGCAAUUUUGGUUUUUCUUUGAGGCCAAAAUAAGUAAAGUGGACACUUAAGGAGAGACCUUUGCUAGCCAAUUAUCUGGAGGACUGUGAAUUUAGCAACUGCUUUUGUAACACUGUUGCCAGAGUGCACUGCUGCUGUAGCUCCAAACUAGGAGUAAUAUGUCCCUCAUUGUGGCCCUGACAGACUCCAUAUUGAUCCUAUUCUACAGGCUCUUAAACGUGGAGGGCUUACUGACUCGUCUCAGCACAUUUUCUGUCAUUCCAGUAUCAACUGCUCAGUCCUCAAUGACAAAGUUUUAGCCCCAUUUUAAGUACCCAAGUCUUUAAAAUAUAUCAUUCUUUUGAUGACAACUCAACAUCUGUACAUUCCCACUUAAGCCUUUGAGUAUCAGCAUCUCUACCGACUUCGUUAUCUGCUGCCUUGUAUUAGAUUUGUGACUCAGUUGUCACUGUGCCUCUUCAUAGAGGGCAAGGACUUGUGCUGAUUCAUUUUGAUAGGUGUACUUUGUCUUCUGAACUAGGUGCUGUCCAUCCUGUUAACAAGUGAAUGAAGUGAUGUGUGUUACUGCAACGUAAUAAGGAAAUCAGUAAUUCCUAUAUACAGGAACAGCAUUAAUUUUAAAGGACGCAAACCACCUGUAAGGCUCUCUGCUCAAGGCUGAGACACAAGAACAAGUGUUGAACAAUUCAAAUAGCAUCUCAGGCGUAAGCUCUCUUCUUUUCAUUAGUUUCCUCUUCUAUUUAUUUUCUGCUUUGGCUUUAAUUUCUUACACAGGGUUAUUCAUUCCUGCUGCUGAAAGCACAUCUGCUAGCUUCAUAGUCAUUAAAAAAGUAUUAUUUGUGUGAUUUGAACAACAAAUGUGCAGAAACCUACUUUGUGUAUUCCAGUUCGGACCUGCUCUCAUCUCACAUCAGUGCAAGCUUUGCUUCCUGCAAAAAAAAAGAUUGCUAUUACAAAGUUGAGUUUUUAUUUUGCUGCUAACCUCUUUUUUUUUUUUCCUGUGCUCAGAGUUGUCAUACAUAUUUUUUACAAGUGAUGAAAUUAGACCAAAAAAAUAUUGUUGUUGUUUAGUUUUUCAGUAUCAAAUGGUGGUAUUUACACAGCGUUAAAUAGAAUAAAAAAAAAACAAAAACUUUUGAUUCCUUCUGAGCUAGAAAGGCUCAGGCAGUUAUGCCAGUGAUGGGUAACUUUAAGACAAUGUUAAGGAUAAAACUUCUGCACUGCUGCAGAGAAAAUUUUCCAUUGUGAUUUAUUUCAGGCUUGUGUUGUUUUUGUCUUGGCUCGACUCAUGAAAUCAUACUAUAUAUCAUACUGGAGUCUUUUGAGACCAGCUCACAUCACAUUUGCUUAUGCCGAUCAAGAAGAUAUGAUGGAUUUAAGUUUUCCCCUCAAAAUACUAUGUUUGGUAGCAAUGGAUUACUGUAUUUAAGCUAACAGUAUUCAGAGAUAGUGGUGACCUGUAUGCAAAAAAUAUAAGGUUACAUUUAUUUUUUCAUAAAGCAACAAUGCAGUACAGAGGUGAUGUAUUUCCAAGAAAAUACAGCAUUUGCCCAACUCUUGAAGUAUUUUAUAUUCCUAGUUGAGUGCUGGUGAUUGGGAAAUGAGUUUGCUGUUUCAUGGCACGAAUUAACAACGUGCAUUGUGUUAUGGAGUUGAAGUGCACUCUCUGGAUACACAACUUGUUUGUUGGUGAAAUCGUUUUGCAAAUGACGUGUAAAUUGCCUUUUUAUUUAAGUGCAGUGAUUGUACAAUAUUCAGCCCGUAUUAAUGCAAUGUGUUAAGCAUUCCAUGAACUACAGAAUAAACCAUGGACUCUU